UUGUUCUCUCGCGGGCCUGACGGUGCUGUCGGCGGUGGGCGCACUGGUGGCGGACCUCUUCAUACGCUGCCGGCGACUGGUUCUGUCCUGCCGGUGACGACCUCUUCACUUGAUCACUCCGGCGGUUCUGCGGGUGGUGGCGGAGGCCGACAGAGGUUGUGCUCUCAAUGUGGAAAAACCGGACAUCUCGCGGCCAGUUGUUUUGAGGUUAUCCGCUUCCCGGAGUGGUAUCCCCGUGGUGGUGGUGGCCGUCUUAGUGGACGGCGCGGAUGCGGUGGCCGUAGCGGCGGAGCUCCUGUGCAAGCUAAUGUUGCCGCCGCAGCUGUCCAGGUUCGGGCCAAUUCAAAUGCGGGUCUGGCUUCUUCCGAUCGUGUUCUCAGUGGAUUGACGGAUGAACAAUGGACUCAACUUGACGAUGAUCAUCCAGUUGUUGUGCCUCCGGCUGUUGUGGUUGACCCGCCUGUUACGUCUGGUUCUUCCACCGACAGGGGGGGUUCUUCGGUUUCGUUCCAAGCCGAGUCCUACGUCACCUACAAAUGCACCGGCUCGAACUACACCCAAAACAGCUCAUUCGAGAAAGACCUCAACUGUCUCAUGGACGAUCUCAAAAAAAUAAACGGGCCGGACAAUGGGGGGUUCCGAAAAGCCUCUUCGGGCCAGGCCUACGGCCUGGCCCAAUGCCGCGGUGACGUCGGGCCCGAUGACUGCCACGCGUGCGUCAGCACCGCCACGUCAAACCUCAUGAAAACCCAAUGCCCCGGAAAACGCAGAGGGAUCAGUUGGUACGACGACAAAUGCUACGUGAAAUACUCGGAUAGCGAGUUUUUCAGACGAGUCGACACGGAAAACUCGCUCGCGCUCGUGAACGUGAAGAGUGCAAGCCACGCGGAGAAGUUUAAUAAAACUGCCGUGGAAUUGUUGGAGAAACUGGCCGAAAAUGGAAAAACUGAGAUGUUCGCGGAAAGUACGGUCGAGCUUCCGGAAAAGGAGAGUGGGAACAAGACGCUGUACGGGAUGGCGCAGUGCACCAUGGACCUCUCGUCGGAACAGUGCACGAGCUGCCUGAACGAGGCCGUGAGCGCGCUUUCGGCGUGCUGCACGAGAAAAGUUGGCGGGAGGGUUUAUUACGGGAGUUGUGUCAUGCGAUACGAGAUUUAUCCUUUCCUCGGAAAGUGA